AUGGUUGUUGUUCCCGCUCUGGGCGCCGCCGCCGUAUCGGUGGGUGGCCUACUGUUUAAGGCCAGCAGCGCCGCCUCGGCGGGCGCGGCCGCCGUGGGGGCCUCCCAGCUGGGCCUGGCCAUAGCCGGAGCCAUCAAGCUGGCCACCGCCGUCGUGGGCGUGGGCAGGCUGACCAUCCUGCCGUUCCUGAUAGCGGCCAUCGCGUACUACAACUACGACCUGUUCGACCCGGAGAACCGGCCCUUCAAUGUGCCCCAGGUGGACCAGGCGUACGACUUCAUCAUCAUUGGCGGCGGAUCGGCGGGCACUGUGCUCGCGUCCCGCCUCUCCGAGAUCAGCCACUGGAAGAUACUGCUGCUGGAGGCCGGCGGCCACGAGACGGACAUAUCGGAUGUGCCGCUCCUCUCGCUCUAUUUGCACAAAAGCAAAAUGGACUGGAAGUAUCGCACCCAGCCCCAGGCCACUGCCUGCCAGGCCAUGAAGGACCAUCGCUGCUGCUGGACAAGGGGAAAGGUGCUGGGCGGCAGUUCGGUGCUCAACACAAUGCUCUACAUCAGAGGCAAUCGCAGGGACUUUGACCAGUGGGCAGAGUUCGGCAAUCCGGGCUGGUCCUACGAGGAGAUCCUGCCAUACUUCCGCAAGUCCGAGGACCAGCGUAAUCCCUACCUGGCGAGGAACAAGCGCUACCAUGGAACAGGUGGCCCCUGGACCGUGCAGGACUCGCCCUACAACACGCCCCUGGGCCCGGCCUUCCUGCAGGCUGGCGAGGAGAUGGGCUACGACAUCGUGGACGUCAAUGGGGAGCAGCAGACGGGCUUCGGCUUCUAUCAGUUCAACAUGCGACGCGGCUCUCGCAGCUCCACGUCCAAGUCCUUCCUGCGUCCGAUCCGGCUGCGCACCAACCUGCACGUGGCCCUCUUCUCGCACGUGACCAAGGUGCUGACCGACCCCACCACGAAACGGGCCACGGGGGUGCAGUUCAUCCGGGACGGACGCCUGCAGAACGUGUACGCCACCAGGGAGGUCAUACUGUCGGCGGGGGCCAUCAGCUCGCCCCACCUCAUGAUGCUGUCGGGCAUCGGGCACGGGGAGGAGCUGAGUCGAUUCGGCAUUCCCCUGGUCCAGCACCUGCCGGGGGUGGGCCAGAACCUGCAGGACCACAUCGCCGUGGGCGGCAUUGCCUUCCUGAUCGACUAUCCCAUAUCGAUAGUGAUGAAGCGGAUGGUGAACAUCAACACGGCCCUGCGGUAUGCCAUCACCGAGGACGGUCCGCUGACCUCCAGCAUCGGACUGGAGGCGGUGGCCUUCAUCAACACGAAGUACGCCAAUGCCAGCGACGAUUGGCCGGACAUGAACUUCAUGAUGACCUCCGCCUCGGUGAUGUCCGACGGCGGGUCACAGGUGAAGACCGCCCACGGGCUGAGCGACGAGUUCUACCAGGAGGUCUUCGGGGAGGUCAACAAUCGCGACGUCUUCGGCAUCUUCCCGAUGAUGCUGCGCCCCAAGAGUCGGGGCUUCAUCAAGCUGGCCUCCAAGAACCCGCUGCGGUAUCCCCUGCUCUACCACAACUACCUCACCCAUCCGGACGAUGUGAAUGUCCUGCGGGAGGGCGUCAAGGCCGCCGUGGCCAUGGGCGAGACGGAGGCCAUGAAGCGGUUCGGGGCCCGCUUCUGGAACAAGCCGCUGCCCAAUUGCAAGCACCUGACGCUCUUCACCGACGACUACUGGAACUGCUUCAUCCGGCAGUACACGAUGACCAUCUACCACAUGAGCGGCACGGCCAAGAUGGGACCGCCCAGCGAUCCCUGGGCCGUGGUGGACCCCCAGCUCAGGGUCUACGGCAUACCCGGGCUGCGGGUGAUCGAUGCCAGCAUUAUGCCAGCGAUCACCAAUGGCAAUAUCCAUGCCCCGGUCGUGAUGAUUGGCGAGAAGGGGGCCGAUCUCAUCAAGCAGCUGUGGCUGUCACCCAGCUCUGGGCCCUCGCCGCGACUGGGACAGGGGCAGGGUCAAGCCACACGACCCCUAUGGAGGGGCAAGCGGGAACUGAGAUCGGGAAAUGCCACGACCUCAUCCACCGACGACCGAAUGGAACAUGUCCAGGCGGAGGCGGUUCUUCAAUGGGAAUUGCCGAGCUCGUAGCUGGGUUCCGUUCCUAGAGUUCUUGGGGUUUCAAUUGGGGGCUUACGGGUGGUUCUGGGGCUGCGGUUGAGGGAAAGGGAAACGGGACACGGGAAAGGGACUCAAAAGAUCCAGUGCGAGAGGUCGCGCGUUGCCUUAGCCUUUAGUUUAGCACAAAUUGCCGCGAUGUUGAAUAAAUUGUAUUUAUUAAGCUUUAGUUUUUGUCCACUCUCUCCCCCCACUACCCUCCAUUAGCCCAUCCCCCUUCCCUACCCAUCCCUACCGGACUUAGUCUUAGUUAAGCGCUUCAUGUAAAUAUCGAGUCAUUUAUGCUAAUUUGUUUAUUUUGUUUUCCUUUUUUGUUUCGUAUCGUUUAUGCGUUAUACUUUUAUACAUACCCAUAU